AAUUCACUGAGAAUACUUCAUCUACAAUGGCCCCGAAGACUAGUGGAAAGGCUGCCAAGAAGGCUGGAAAAGCCCAAAAGAAUAUCUCGAAGACGGACAAGAAGAAGAAGCGCAAGCGUAAGGAGAGCUAUGCCAUCUACAUCUACAAAGUGCUGAAGCAGGUUCAUCCUGACACUGGCAUCAGCAGCAAAGCCAUGAGUAUCAUGAACAGCUUCGUGAAUGAUAUUUUUGAGCGCAUUGCUGCAGAGGCUUCUCGUCUGGCCCAUUACAACAAGCGCUCGACCAUCACGAGUCGCGAGAUCCAGACUGCCGUGCGUCUCCUGCUGCCCGGUGAAUUGGCCAAGCACGCCGUGAGUGAAGGCACCAAAGCCGUCACCAAGUACACCAGCUCCAAGUAAAUCUUUUGAUUUGCAACGAAAAACGGCCCUUUUGAG